AUGCUUACUGAAAAAUGCAGAGUUAUACUUCAAAAUAAGCUACCACAAAAUCUUGGUGACCCAGGCAGUUUUACAAUUCCAUGCGCUUUGGGAGGAGUAUAUUUUGAAAAAGCACUCUGUGAUUAUGGAGCUUCAAUAAAUUUGAUGCCAUUUUCUAUCUUUAGAAAAUUGAAUCUUGGUGAAAUGAAAGACAUAUGUGUUUCUCUUCAGUUUGCAGAUCAAAGCACUAAGAAACCUAAGGGAAUAAUUGAAAAUGUGCUCGUAAGAGUAGGUAAGUUUGUUUUCCCUGUAGAUUUUAUAGUACUUGAAAUGAAGGAAUGUCCUAAUGAACCAAUCAUUUUGGGUAGACCAUUUCUUGCCACAGAUAGAGCAAUCAUAGAUGUCCAUCAAGGACAACUAAUUUUGAGAGUUGAUGAAGAAAGAGUCAUUUUUGAUAUGCAAAAGAUAUUAAGAUUUUCAGGAGAUGAGACGUCAUCGUUGUGUUUUUCGAUUGACAUGCUUAAUUAUCUUACAAAUGAAUUCAAAGAUGAUCAAUUAAUUCCAGACUCAAUGGAAAGAACUUUGGCCAAAUCUGGCACAACACAAGAUGAUGAUCCUAUCAUCAGAAGAGAAACUGAAAUACUAGAAAAAGAUUCUGAAGAUGAGGAGAUCCAAACAGAACAAUUUCAACCAAAAAUUGAACUCAAAGUUCUCCCGUCUCAUUUAAAUUAUGUUUACCUUGAGAAAGAAUAA